AUGGCAGCUGCUGCCUCACCAGCUACCCCAAGCGACCCCUCCAGCAGCAACCAAGCAACCACCCCCAUAGUUGUUGCUUCACUCAGCUUCGUCCAAACAACCCCUCAAGCUCCCAUGGUUGCCAUUCUCACGUCCACCACGACCACGUCGUCACCACCCCAGCUCCACCAUGACGACCAGUACCUCACCCAUAACACACACAGUCGUCUUCAACAGCCUCCCCAUCGUCCAUAUAAUCCCUCACGUCCAGCUCCAACAACCAGCUCCCAUGGUUGCUGCUUCUUCUUCUUCAUCUCCGCUGCCUCGUCGUCCUCAACCAGCAGCUUCAUAACCAUCGUCGAGGUCGUCCUCAAACAACCAACUUCAUCCUCUUCGUCGAGCUCACCCCAAGUCGCCGAAAAAAACCAUCGCCAAACCACCAACUCCCUCACGACAAGCAGCGCUGCUAUUGCUUCUUCUUCGUCAGCAAACUCCGUCGCCAGGCAGCACGUCGAGCUUCAUCUCACGUCGAGAUCGUUGGCAGUCUUGGUUCGAGUUUUCCGUUUCCGUUCAAGUUCGUUAUUGUUCAUUUCCGGUUAG